GGUUGAGUUGCAGAAGCCUGGACAUUAAGGACCUCAUACCUAGAAGGACUCGUAGCCCCACUAACUGAGAGCAGAAAGAUAAGUAUUCUUCACAUUCAACAGUGCUUUAAAUGUUUUAUUAACAAUGUCUUCUUCCAGUGCAUGUAGGGAGAGCCCCAGCCUCCACCUACUCUCUUUUACCUAACUUAUCAUUCGUAACUUCUUAAUCUCCCUUUCUUGAGCUUUCUCAUUGCACUUAGCCUGGAAGCCUCAGGUAAGUGGCUCUACUUACCCUGCAGUGAAGUGGGUCACGGGCACAAUGUCGCUGGUGAUAGACUAUGGGUUUCUAAGGCCUGCCUCAGGGCAGUUAGACUCCUGCAAUAUCCCUUAUUCAAGAGUGGUCCUGACUGCAGUGUUGAUGGUGGUGGAGCAGACCCUCCAUGGGUCACUUUCCUGAGAGUCAGGUAGGAAUCAUCCAUUGGCUCAGAACAACCCUGCCACUCUUCCAGGGAUGGAAGGCUAGAGGCCAUGCCAGAGACGUCUGUUCUACAAGCAGGAAGGCAGGCAGGGCAGAAGUGAAUGCCAGUGGACUGUGCAGACCUCAGCUUGGGGAGGGCAUGUUCUCCUGGGAGUGGAGGUGGUUUUAUUGCCAGGGAGCUGGGAAGUUGCCUGUGGUUUUGUCUUCCUGUUCCCCGUACAGCUGCCUUCCACCUUUCUUCACUCAGUGGAUGUGGGGGAGGACUGUGUGCAGUCUGAGAAACCGGACAUGCUUGUGGAAGGACCCAGACCAGACUUCUUCCUCCCCUCAGCGCAAUGUGCUUUGCCUGUUUCAAGAACGUCCCUUCCAUUUCCUGUUCCUGGGGCUGCACAAUAUGCUUCCUCUCUUCCUUUGGACAUAAGCCUGAAGAAAGAUACUCUCUUCUUGAAGAAGUUUUCAUCCCUGGCUAUAACUUUUUUCCCAUAUCCUUAGCAAGUAUGGGCAAAUGAGCACUCACGUUGCUACUCCCUGGUUUUGCAUUGAUCUCCUAGAGCAGGUGGCCACACUUGCACCUUUUUCUCAGAAGUGGGAUUGGAGUAAGGAGCCAAGUUCACCUAUCAUGAUCAUGUGACAUAGUGGUUUGAGAUCAUGUGACAUACUGGUACGGGGAUCAUAUGACAUUGGAAUGGGAACAAAAAGCAGGAGACCCAAUAUUUCAGCCUAUGUUACAGGACAAAGGCCAUCGCUUUGUAAAAGCUUGAAGUGCAGUUUGCUGCUGAGUACAGAAGACCUUUGCAAACAGAGAGGGGAGAUUUUCUCUGUAAGGCUGCAAACAAGAGCAGGUCCUGGAAGAUAAGAUUCCCCGCCAUGUUAUCCUCCGUGGUGUUUUGGGGACUAAUUGCCCUCAUUGGCACUUCCAGGGGCUCGUACCCCUUCACUCACUCAAUGAAGCCUCACCUACAUCCACGCCUGUACCAUGGCUGCUACGGGGACAUCAUGACCAUGAAGACCUCUGGGGCCACUUGUGAUGCAAACAGUGUGAUGAACUGCGGGAUCCGUGGUUCUGAAAUGUUUGCUGAGAUGGAUUUGAGGGCCAUAAAACCUUACCAGACUCUGAUCAAAGAAGUCGGGCAGAGACAUUGCGUGGACCCUGCUGUCAUCGCAGCCAUCAUCUCCAGGGAAAGCCAUGGCGGAUCUGUCCUGCAAGACGGCUGGGACCACAGGGGACUUAAAUUUGGCUUGAUGCAGCUUGAUAAACAAACGUACCACCCUGUCGGUGCCUGGGACAGUAAAGAGCACCUUUCACAGGCUACUGGGAUUCUAACAGAGAGAAUUAAGGCAAUCCAGAAAAAAUUCCCCACGUGGAGUGUUGCUCAGCACCUCAAAGGUGGUCUCUCAGCUUUUAAGUCAGGAAUUGAAGCGAUUGCCACCCCAUCGGACAUAGACAAUGACUUUGUCAAUGAUAUCAUUGCUCGAGCUAAGUUCUAUAAAAGACAAAGCUUCUAGGCAAAGCUCUGUGGGUGGGCCAGGUUGGCAGAGUGCUCAGAUGGCCGCCUUUGAGAGUUUUAUGUGAAUGUGUUGUAUACAACACUGGCAAAGAAAUGAUUAAAAUCAUG